AUGUCAACAUGGAUAAACAAAAAGUUUUUAUCGAUUUCUGAAAAAGUAAUUGAAAAUGUGAUUGAUUCUUUUACAAAUAAAAAUACACAUUUAGAAAAUAUUCAGAACAUCCAAGAAACACAACUGGGAAAAAUAAUCAGCAAAGUCAUAUCAUCAAAAUAUUUUUUCAAAAAUGAUGACAUAUAUUAUAAUGCAAAAGAGCUCGAAUUUAAAUGGGAGAUAAAAAAAUGGAAAAAAAGACGAAUAAAAAAAAAAAAAAAAAAAAAAAAAAUUCAAAAUAAUGCAAUUGAAAAAGAAAGCCUUAAAAAUUUUAAUAAUAUAUAUAACUAUAUAUACAACAAUAAUGCGAAUGAAUUAAAUAGAAAAAAUCUCAAUAUAGAUGAAAUGCAUUAUUCCAAUCCUCUCGAUUUAGAUAAGGAAUGUUAUAUUGAUAUUGAAAAUUCUAACAAAUGUGAAGAACAUGCAAAGGGUUUUAAUUUUCAAUUGGAAAAUAAUAACACAUAUAAUCAAAACCUUUCGGGAUAUUAUCAAUAUAAAAUUAAAGAAUUUGAAAAAAAAAAAAAAAAAGAAGUUAUAAGCGAUAGUAAUCAAAACAGUAGUAAUGAUGUUAAAAAUAAAACAUUUCAUGAAACACCUAACUUUGAAUCAAACCAUUUUCCAAAAAUAAAUGAUUGGAAAGAUAAAAAUGAAAUGAAUAGUGAAAAUAGUAGUGAUGAAAGCAAAUCAUCAACUUCUAUAGAUUUUUUAGAAUGUUUAUCUAUAAAUAAAUAUGAAUCAUAUAAUACGAAUUCAUCUAAUUUAGGAACAUCACCUUAUAUAUCUUCAAAAAAUGAUGAAAUAAUAUCGUCAGAAUUAUCUAAAAUACAUAAUCAAUCAUUUAAUUCUAAUAUUUUUAAUAAUGAACAAACAAAUUACACAAUUUCAAAACCAAGCAAUUUAUGUAAAAUGAAUUUAUUUAUAAAAGAGGCUAAACUUUUAUUUUAUAAUAAAACAACAAAUAUUAACAAUAUAAGUAUAUAUUGUACGACUAUAAUUGAAAAAAAAAAAUAUAUUGGGCAACAAAGACGAUUGAGUUCCAAAACAUUACCAAUUAAUAAUUUAAUAAUUAAUGAAUACAUAAAUCAUGGUGUUAAAGAUAUAUAUUCCGAUGUUAUUAUAAAUAUAAAAUAUAAAAAUAAUGGAAAAAAUAAAAAUAAAAAAAAUGGAAAAGAUGAUAUAACAAUAGGGAGAAUAAUUAUUCCUUUAUUUUUACUUUUAAACACAUAUAGAUGUAAAAUAAAAAAAAUAAAAAAUAAAAUGAGAUAUUGUACAAAAUGCUUUCUUUGGUUACAUAUAUUUCCAUGUAAUAAUAAAUUAUUUAAUUAUAAAUUUUUUAAACCUAUCGAAGGAUUUGAAGAAUAUGGAAUGAUAAAUCCAUUGUCUACAUUAGGUUUUUUAAAUCUUAAAAUUAAAAUAGUUUUUAAAAAAAAUCCUCUUUUAUUAACAAUAUAUAGUAAUAUUCGAAAGCCAUUAUUUUAUUAUAAAUUACCUAAACAGUUUGAGCCAUUAUAUUGCCAAUAUUAUACUGAAAAUUUUUUUGUAUAUAUAAAAAGUUUACCAAUAUGGAUAUAUAAAUUUUUUUAUAUUUUUAAUCCAAAUCGUAUAGAGAAAAUUCAACUUAAUUAUUAUGAUUAUAUAUUUGUUUUAUUUUUUUGGUUGUUUUUUUUUAGACUAAUUGUAUUUUCUCCAUUUUUUCAGUUUUUUAUUCAUAUUUUUUUUUGUUUGUUUUUUAUAUCUUUAUCAUAUAAAUAUGGAUAUACACAAAAUCGAGAAAACUAUUACUCUCGAUAUAAUUUUAAACCUGUUAAUAUAAAGGGACGAAAUAAAAGAAAUUCGACUUUUUCUGAAAAUAUUACCAAAAUAAAUGUAAAAAAAAGUUUAUUAUUUUCACAGGAAGCUAAAGAUAUACAAUUUUAUGACAAAAAAGUUGGAGGCGUUUUAGAAUCAAUGAAUGAUAUAGAUUUUGAUUAUUGUAAAUGCCCAGAAAUAUCAAAAACUUCUGAACCGAGCACUCCUUUUUUGAAUACAAUAUCAUCUAUUCCUGCUUUUCCUGAUCAAAAUGAUGAAAAAGAAUUUGAAAAAAAUACUAAUGAGCAUAUAGUGGGUUGUGGUUUGGACGAAAAAUAUAUAAUAACAAAUAUGGAUAAAAUAAAAAAAAAAGAAACUUCAAAUAUUGAAAAUAAAGAAAAUAACAAUUUAAGUCCAAGUAUGAGCAACACGUCUUCAUUUAGCAAAAGUAGCAUACCUUUACCAAAUGAUGGUUGCGUAAAAUUAGAAGAAAAUUGUUUUGGAAAAAAGGAUAUAAAUAUAAUUAAUAACACAAAUAAAUACAAUUUUGAAUGUGAUAUAAAAUAUGACAAACUUGAAGUGGAAUAUAGAGAAGUUGUAGAUAUAAAGGUAAACAACGAAUGUGUAGACAUAAAAAAAAAAGCAAACAAUGUUACAAACUUUGCAAAAAAAAUACAAAAUAUGAUGAUUGAUGGAACGAAAACAAACACAAUAAAUAUGAAUAACUGGAAUACUAAUAUGAAUAAAUUUAUUAAUUUAUUUACUAAAAAGGAUGAUGCUCAAAAUAUAGAGAUAACAAAAAAUGAAGAUGAUGAUUCAGAAGAUGUAGAUAAAGUUAAUGAACAAUAUAAAGAAAAUAUAUUUGUUUUUAAUAAAAAUAAAGACAAUUUUAAUAAAAAAGAUGUCUAUCUAUUAUAUGAUUCGGGAAAUAAUACAAUAAAUAAAUGCACAAAUAAAAUAUCAAUAAAUUCGUCGCGAAACAGCAAAAAUGAUGAAUAUGAUGGUUACCGAGUUGAAAACAAUAGUGAUAUGGAUAAUACAAGUGAAUGUGGUUAUUUUGGAAAUAGUGAACAAAAUGAAAAUAAUAUAGAAAAAUACAAAAAAAUAGAAAAUCAUUUUUCUGAGAAUUGUGUAAAAUCAAAAAUCAAAAAUAAUUUACAAAAUUGUAAAGAUUUUGUAACUCCUUUAUUCGAUACAGCAGAUAAUCCAUUUAUGUCAUCAAAUAAUUUAUUAGAAUCACGAUUUUUAAAAAAAAAUGCAUUAUUAGAUGCAUUUAAAAAUAACAAUGAUAGUAUAGGAAAUGAUAACAAAAAUGAAUCAGAUUUAAAAAAAAAAUCUCAAAUUAAAUCAGUUAAAUCACCAUUUCAUAAUUUUUAUUUAUCUAUAAAAUCAAUUGAUGAUAAAGAUGUAUCAAUAUUUUCAAAUCAUAUUGGGGUUCCAAAUAUUCAACUUUUGCUUAGCAGAUUUAUUAUUCUAAUAACAUGUGCACAAACAUUUACUGGUCUUUUUACUAUGAUAUAUGAAAAGACAAAUUAUGCUUUAAAUUGGGAUUUUAAUUUUUAUACAAUUAAUAAUAUUAUUAUUUUAUUUAUUUUAUGUUAUAGUAUAUCUUUUAUUUUAUAUAUAUUGUCUUUUAUUCCUCUUUCUAUUUAUCGAUUUAUUUUUUUUAUCAUAAUAUCAAUUUUAAUUGUUAAGAGUUAUGAGUUAACGGAAGGUGGGCAAAGAGCUAGAUUAUAUUUUAAAAAUCAAAAAAUCAAAAAAAAAUAUUUAAAUAUGUUAAAAAAAAUGAUAGAAAAAACUAUUAUACAUAUAUUAAAAGGAAAACAAAAAAAUUAUGCCGAAUGGAUUUUAAAUUUUUGUAAAAUAAUUUACAGUUUUAUUUUCAAUUUAAUAAUGUACACAAAAUUUAUUAUAUUCUUUUUAAAAAAUUGGGUUACUAGAUUGUUAAUAUUAAAGGAUAUCGAACAUAUAAAAAUAGCUAGACUUCAAGCAUUUAAAAAUUUAUAUUUUUUUAUACAUAAUCGAAUGGUUGAUAGACAAAACCUCUUAAUUACAGAAAACAGUAAUCAUAUAAAAAAUUUGGGAAAUAUACAAUUGUCAAAUAAUUCGAAUAAAACAAAAGCAUUUGAAAAUUAUAAAAAAAAUAUAGAAGACGAAAGUAGAGGGAUACCAAAAGAUAACAUAUUAUCAACUAUAGUGGGAAAUAAAAAAAACAAUAGAAAUAAUAAUAAUAAAAAUAAUAACAACAAUAAUAAUAAUAACAAUAAUAAUAAUAAAAAUAAUAAUAAUAAAAAUAAUAAUAAUAAAAAUAAUAAUAAUAAAAAUAAUAAUAAUAAUAAUAAUAUUUUGAGAAAUCCUUUGUAUGAAAAUUACAAAAACAUUGAUCUAUGUAUAUAUUCAUCAAGCGAUAAUGAUAAUAAUAGUAUAUCGAGUCAAUACAUAACUGAUUAUAACAAAACUAAUAAUAAUUUGGAAAGUUUUAAAGAUGAAAUAAAUACAGAAUAUGAUGAUAAUAUUUCUAUAAGUCAAAUGACAGACAAUGGAAAUAUGAAUAUAAAUGUUGAUAUAUUUUUGCAUUAUUAUUUUAAAAAAAAAAAACAAGAUAUUUUCAACAAUUUUAUAAACAUUAACCGGAACUAUACAAAUAUAUAUAAAGAUAUUAACAUUCUUAAUAAUACUGAAGAACAUAAAAUUAACAACUUAUAUUAUGCGGAUUAUUUUAAUGAUGAACAUAAUUAUUCUAGUUCCUACGACAAGAAUAAAAGAACAAAAAAGUUUUAA